GUUCUCCGUUUUCUCCUUCCCUCCCUUCUUGAAAAGUGGGACAACAUUAGCCACUGUCCAAUCUUCAGGAACUGAUCCUGAAUCUAAGGAACAUUGGAAAAUGAUUACCAAUGCAUCCGCAAUUUCCUGAGCCACCUCUUUUAGAACCCUCGGAUGCAGACCAUCUGGACCCGGGGAUUUAUUAGCCUUCAGUCCUACCAGUCUACUCAUCACAGUUUCUUUCCUAAUGUCAAUCUGUCUCAAUUCCUCUGAUAUCUUAUGACCCUGGCCCAUCCAUACAUCUGGGAGAUUGCUUGUGUCCUCCCUGGUGAAGACAGAUCUAAAGUAUGCAUUAAAUUCUGUUGCCAUUUCCCUGUUUCCCAUAACAAUUUCUCCCAAUUCAUUCUUCAAGGGGCCAACAUUGUUCUUAACUAUCUUCUUUCUCUUCACAUAGCUAAAAAAAGCUUUUGCUAUCCCCUUUUAUAUUCCUGGCUAGACUGAGCUCAUACCUGAUUUUUUCUCUCCGUAUUGCUUUUUUAGUUAAGAUCUGCUGUUCCUUAAAACUUUCCCAAUCAUCUGUAUUCCCACUCAUCUUAGCCCUUGUGGUGAACUAUGUGCCUGUCGGGACACGCCCCUGCUGACUGCUCCUGUGGCUCCUCCCACAGGCCCCUGUAUAAAGGAGACCUGCGGCCUGAAGCUCGGCCUCAGUCUCCAAGACCUUGUAUGAUAGACACUCACUCCUGGUUCCUUCUUCCAGUCAAUAAAAGCCGAUAUCUCGCCUACGUCUCAGUGUGAGUUAUUGAUGGUGCAUCAAUUUUAUUGACUGGAAGUUUUAAAACAUGGAACCCGUUUUGCGUCCGGACCAGUUGGAUUUGGACCCUCAAGACCCUGACGCAGCUCUCGCUUUUGAACACUGGCUUGCAUGCUUCCAAUCGUACUUGGCGGAGCUUCGUGCGACUGAACCCGCCGUUAUGCACAGAAUCCUACUCUCGAGAGUCUCCUCCAAAGUUUACUCCUUUAUCCGGGACCUGCUGACCUACGAAGGGGCACUGGACGCCCUCAAACGACAGUACCUGCGGCCGGUGAACACCGUCUACGCAAGACAUCGCUUAGCUACCCGGCAACAGCGGCCUGGAGAAUCGUGCGCUGAGUUUCUCCGAGCACUACAGACACUCGUCCGAGCUUGUGACUGCAAGACGCUCACGGCAGAACAGCAUGCGGAGCUGCUGGUGCGAGACGCCUUUGUGACGGGACUGAGGUCAGUGUACAUGCGCCAGCGGCUGCUGGAGAACUCGGAUCUUACCUUAAGCUCGGCGAUAGAGAAGGUGCGCACCUGUGCUAUUGGGGCUGGACUUCCAGAGCCAUCUCGAAAGUGUGACUAUGGUAUACGACGGGCCCCUCCCACCACUCACUGUCAAGAAUCCUCAGUUUUGUGGGACUUCUUCACAUACCCCGCUACUGACCACACACACACACACGGACACACACAUCCCAUCCAGAACCAGGCCAACAGCUGCGCUACCGACACUUGCAGCCUCUCCACUCUCAAGAUCCCUCCCCCACCGCUGUUCGCCAACCUGACCCCCGACUGUAAACCUGUGGCAACCAAAAGCAGGAGGUACAGCGCGGGGGACCGGGCCUUCAUUCAGUCGGAGGUGCAGCGGCUGCUCAGGGAGGGGAUCAUUGAGCCGAGCACAAGCCCUUGGAGGGCCCAGGUGGUUGUUGUUCGGACUGGGCAGAAAAAUAGGAUGGUGGUGGACUAUAGUCAAACCAUCAAUAGGUUUACGCAGCUUGACGCAUACCCCCUACCCCGCAUUGCGGAUAUGGUCAACCAGAUUGCUCAGUAUAAGGUGUACUCGACAAUAGAUCUGAAAUCCGCUUAUCACCAGCUCCCCAUCUGCCCAGAGGACCGCCCCUACACCGCCUUCGAGGCGGGCGGCCAGCUCUAUCACUUCCUGCGCGUCCCUUUCGGUGUCACGAAUGGUGUCUCUGUCUUCCAGAGGGAAAUGGACCGGAUGGUGGACCAGUACCAACUGCAGGCCACAUUUCCCUAUCUGGAUAACAUCACCAUCUGUGGUCAUGACAGGCCAGAUCACGACGCCAACCUCCAACGGUUUCUCCAAGUGGCCGCAGCUCUGAACCUUACUUAUAACAGGGACAAGUGUGUUUUUGGUACCACCCGCCUUGCUAUACUUGGGUAUGUCGUGGAAAACGGGGUUAUUGGGCCUGAUCCCGAACGUAUGCGCCCCCUGUUAGAGCUCCCUCUUCCCACCACUCUCAAGGCCCUCAGACGGUGCCUGGGGUUUUUUUCCUAUUACGCCCAAUGGGUCCCCCAUUACGCAGACAAGGCUCGCCCCCUGGUCAAGUCUACCUCGUUUCCCCUCUCUGCUGAGGCCUGCGCGGCCUUCAACUGCAUUAAAGCGGACAUUGCCAAAGCUACGAUGCAUGCAGUGGACGAGACCGCUCCCUUCCAAGUGGAGUGUGAUGCCUCCGAUUUCGCUCUGGCUGCUACCCUUAAUCAGGAAGGCAGACCAGUAGCAUUCUUUUCUCGCACCCUCCAAGGCUCUGAAAUUCGGCACUCCGCGGUGGAGAAAGAAGCCCAGGCCAUAGUGGAGGCUGUUAGGCACUGGAGGCACUAUCUUGCUGGCAAAAGAUUCACCGUGCUGACCGACCAGCGCUCGGUUGCGUUCCUGUUCAGCAACCAACAGCGGGGCAAGAUCAAAAAUGAUAAGAUUUCGCGGUGGAGGAUAGAACUCUCCACCUACACCUAUGAUAUCCUGUAUCGGCCUGGCAGACUCAAUGAGCCCCCUGAUGCCCUAUCCCGGGGAACAUGUGCUAGCACACAGCUCGACCAGCUGUACGCCCUUCAUGCACAACUUUGCCAUCCGGGAGUCACCCGAUUUUACCAUUUUGUGAAAGCUCGGAACCUGCCGUACUCCCUGGAGGACAUCAGGACGAUGACCAGGGACUGCCAAAUUUGUGCCGAGUGCAAACCGCACUUCUACUGUCCUGACACGGCACAACUUGUCAAGGCCACCCGCCCUUUUGAACGCCUGAGUGUUGACUUUAAGGGCCCCCUUCCCUCCACUGACCGCAAUGUCUAUUUUCUCAGUGUUAUUGACGAGUUCUCACGGUUCCCCUUUGCCAUCCCCUGCCCCGACACCACUGCCACGUCCGUCAUAAAAGCCCUGCGCCAGCUCUUCACUCUGUUCGGGUAUCCCUGCUAUAUCCACAGUGAUAGAGGGUCCUCCUUUAUGAGUGAAGAGCUGCGCCAGUACUUGCUAGCUAGGGGCAUUGCUACCAGUCGGACCACGAGUUAUAAUCCCCGGGGUAAUGGCCAGGUGGAGCGGGAGAAUGCCACAGUGUGGAAGGCCACACUUUUAGCCCUUAAGUCCAAAGGGUUGCCGGUCUCUCGAUGGCAGGAGGUCCUCCCUGAGGCACUGCACUCUAUCCGCUCUCUGUUAUGUACGUCCACCAAUGCCACCCCUCACGAACGCCUAUUCUCUUUUCCCAGGAAGUCUGUCACUGGGACCACCCUACCAGUUUGGCUGACGUCCCCGGGGCCAGUGCUGCUCCGGAAACAUGUGAGGAGCAAUAAAUACUCCCCGCUGGUGGAGAGGGUUCACCUUCUCCAUGCGAACCCCCAGUAUGCUUACGUGGUCUUACCUGAUGGGCGGGAGGACACGGUCUCCAUCCGCGACCUGGCACCCGCAGGUGCAGCAGACCACUACCCUGAAGGCUCUCUGGUAACUGUGAACCCUGCACCAGAGGUGACACCGUACUCACCAGGCCCUACACAGACUCCUCACGACACUUGUAUACCGGGCGUUUCGUACGCAUUUAUACCAGGCGCCUCGCACAUGCAUGAGGGAUCACCGGCGCCUAGUGGGCAAGAACACGCGCAACCCCCGUCCCCUGUGCAAUCGCCAAUGUUGCCGGCACCUAUGCGGUCACAGCCGGUGCUACGUAGAUCGCAGCGACAGAUUCGACCGCCUGAUCGGCUUGACUUGUAAGAACCUUCGCUACAUGAGGACCUU